UCGUGCAUUCAACUUUUGGAAAUUUUUCGAAGCGGUUGUGUGUUUCGUUUGUUGUGCGGUGCAUUUUACACAGAAAACUUUCCAGUUCUGAACCGAAAGCAAAGAAAAGCGUAACGUAAAAGUGCAAGCAAAAUCAAAUAACAGUAAAAAAAAACUCAAAUUCGUUUUAAUUCUUGUGAUUUAUUAAAGAAGCAAAAUGUGGAAAAUUUUUAUUUUGUGCUCAUUGUUUGCUCUAUCGCUUGCUCAUGUAAUUCACGAUGUGGAACCAUUGGAAUCGGAAACAGAUCAUCACCACAAAAUCGAUCAUGAACAUGCCAUAUCACAUCAAAGUUUUAAAAUUCAUCAUUUUCAUGCAGUGCCGGUCUACGUAAAACAUGAAGAUCAACAUUAUUUGAAGAAUCCAAUCGAAGUCGGCGGUGUUAAACACAAACAUAAGGUGCUGCAUCCAGAAACGAAGCCAUCACAUUCGUAUGGAUUAGAAUUGGAAAAUGAGACAGAUCAUAAGGAUUAUACAUUGCAUGAAUACAGUGCGGACGGUUCACAAUACGAUGGUUCACAACAGCAUCAUCAAUACGAAACCAUUGAAAACCAAGCGGACUUCGAUGGGGGUUCUUUUGGAAGCGCUGGCGAAGCAAAAGAACUAAGUCAUCACCAAUUUCAAGAUAUCACAGUCCAUCAUGGUCAUGGCCAAUAAUUAAAUUCAAUUAAAUUGUACACCAAAACUGAUUUUAUUUAUAUAAUAACAUUUACUUGAAUUUAGAUACAUAUUGUGUGACUCUCAAACACAAAGGAGUUUUCACUCAAAAAGCUUAAUCUCAAUUAAGUUUAUUUUAAUCGAGAGAAGAAACUAACUCAUUUUUAAUUGAGAGAAAAAAAAAAUAACACAAAAAAUAGAAAAUAAAUUCGAAAUGAUGAAACGAACAAAACAGGUUGUCUUAUAACUUUUUAAUUAAAAAUGUUGUCAAUGCAGAUUGUCCAGCAGAUCUGUCAAAAUGCCAAGCACUCUAUGCCAAUUGGAAUGAAUGAGAAAAAAACACAUCAAAUCGAUUUCAGUUGACAGAGGUUUUCUGUGACAGAAUUUAAUCACGGUAUGGCUGGUGGAGCUCACUUUGGAAAAAUUGCAACUGGGUGGUAAGCAUUGUGUUUGAUCAUUCUUGUUGGGCUUAGUUUUGCGGGAUUUUACUAUU